CGGGCCGCAUCAUGAUUCUGGAUGGAAGGAGGGCGUGAAUUUUUUCCCUGAAGAAGAAGAUGACAGUUCUACUCGUAGAAGGACUCCCUACUUGCCGCGACACCACGAAAAGAAAAACAUGAUUAAAAAGAACGUAGUUUCUUUGAUUAUGGACUCGCGCGCCCGCCUUGCUGGGUAUGAAGAUGUUGAUCGAGCGGGAGGCGGUGAAGACUCUGGUGGUGGACGAGCUGACGGAGGUGGACGACGAGACGGGGAAAAGAUGUUGACCAAACCUAUUGACACUUGGCAUACGGAUCUGAGCUUUUGUGGCGAAAGUGACGAAUUUACUAUUCGCAUUUUGAACUCUGGUAGAAAUAGAAAUUAUGAUUUUUCAAAGAGCCUGGGGCGCUCGUGGGAUACAGAAAAACUAAGGCUUGAAGAAAUCCAUCUUCGCCAGAAUCUUCGAUCCGUUUCCUAGGGAGAAACGGCCACCAAGAUGCUCUACAAGAUGGAUUUCUUCAAGGUCUAAAAUAUGCUUCGUAUUACCGUCCUGAUCUUUCUUUUAAUUCGCCGUUGUCCCCUGGCAUGCUGGGAUACGUUUUUCAACUGGGAUUCUUAUCCCGUGGCGCGAAAAUCAAUGAAGAGACGAUGCUGGAAAAAUUGCUGCAAGUGGGCACCAUUCGAAACAGCAUCGCAAAAAACCGUUGCUUCUUCACAGACAAAGACUUUGACGUGCUCGAGAAGGAGCUGAGAGCGGUUGUUAAGGCUUGAGGAAAUCCAUCUUCACAAGCAUCUCGGCCUUCCUGUUUGUGCCUGAAAGGAACAAAAUAUGUACCAACGCACGACGGACCAAGAUGCUCACCAAGAAGAUGCAUUUCUGCAAGUUCUAAGAUGGGUAGCGCGAUGUUUUCAGGAGAUCCUUCUAAGGAGGAAGUCACUGCGCUUUUAAAAGUUCAAGCUUAUCUUUCCGCAUUGGCCGUCGUCAGCAAAGAAGUGAAUCAUGGUCCUCCUCUUGAAAAAGAAGAGGAAGACAAAGCGAACCUGGACGACCAUGAGGAUGGAUAUCAUCAGGCCCCUUCUGAACAAGCUCCUUCAUCUGAAGAGGAUGAACAUCAGGAGGUGGAACGCCCACAUGAUCAGCUGUUUCACUGGCUCAAGUCUCAGUGGUGGGAGAAGGCCGCGGAACCAAUGUUCACGGAGAGGAACACUGGGGACCAACUAGCUGAUCCGAACUGGGACGAGAUUCGAGAAUUUGUGCACCACCUCUUUCUCAAACAGGAGCUUCAGUUAAGGAUGUGGGAAAUCCAUCAUCUCCAAAUGAGUCAUCUGAGCGAGAGAAGAAAUAGAAAACAACAAGCAGUAGAACAGAUGAUUCGCCUCCUGGGAUGGAUUUCCUAUAUGAAUGCCACUAAUUCAGGGAAAAAAGGAACCUGGCGCUUCUCUUGCGGAGAAGUCAGCUUGCUUCUGGGCGCGUCUACGGCUGCACGAUGCUUACAAUGUCUGGAUGAACGUUACACCUUUUGAAGAUGAUGUUGAGAGUUCUAAAGACGAAAUUUUCGAAAUAAACAGUACUACUAGUAGUACAGCACCCAGAGCUACGACGGUACGACAUACGGGAAAUAUGGGUCGUAUGGACAAACCAUAUCGCAUCAGCAACCCCUUAUCCGUGAUGAACCCGUUCACAAUGAAGCUAAAGCAAUCCAAAGCGGGUGGCUUUCGGGGAUUAGAUGGGGGUUUUAGUGGAGGCGAGCCCGAGAAUAAAGUUUACACGAGACUUGAGAUGUACUUCGGUGAAGCGGUUUGGUUUAAUACGGUGAUCACUCACCAUGCUGCGGCUCCAGAUGAUAUCGUGGAAAAAGAAUUCUACUCGAAGGUGAAAAGUACACCUCGUUCAGCAUCAUCAUCAUCUCUGAAACGGAAAAGCAUCGAGACUAGGGUGGCUCAAGUCGAAAUCUGUGACGAAGAGAUUCCUCUCGACCAUAACACACGAGAUAUUUUGUGGAAAGAUGUCCAUUAUCUGAAGCAGCUUUGCUGGGGAAAUGAGUGAGUUACUUAGUUACUUCACCAAGUAGAGGUAUUCUGAGACGAUAACAAACAAAAAGAAGGUUGGAAGUAGGUUGCUACAAAAAGAAGCACUCAGGUGUUUCCUUCAGCAAGGUUAGUAGGGUGAUGAAGAAAUAUUUCUAGGGAGGCACUUCGUAGGGCGUUUUUUUGGGUUUUUGGAACAGCAACGCAGCUGCAUUAUGUGCCAAAAUGAUACCUACGUGGAAGAUAGGUCCUUCAUUCAUGCAGCCCUAAAAAAUGCAACACCUCUUGUUAUGC